GCGUCUGCAUGGCGCGCGCACUCGCCCUCGCCCUCGCCUCCUUCCUCCCCCCUCUCCCUCGCCGCCGCCGCCGCCGGCGAUUCCAUCUCUCCGGCCGCCUCCGCUCCGGCCCCCUCCCCCGCCCCCGCUUCCUCCGGUGAAUCGCGGGCGCCGUGCUGGAUCAGCUCGGCGAAGCUCGAGAGCGCCCGACGGCGACUGAACUGAACUGAACCGAACCGAACCGAACCGAACCGAACCGGCGGGCAACCUUUCGCGGCUGCCGAAUAGUUUUCUCGGAUUCUCGCUCGUGCCGGCUUUGUUCGCGGAGGCAUUGAGUCGGACCGAGGUCGGUUCUCGCCCGUCCCUUCCUUUCGCCGCCGCCGCCGCGGUGGUUUGACCCCGUUGACAGGGGGUUUGAGCUCCAGGAGGAGGUCGCUUAGGGUUUCGGCUGGGGUUGAAAUUCUAGCGAGAAUCGCGCGCGGUCGGGGCUCUUUGAUGUCGGAGGAUGGGGUCGUCGCGGAAGUGCAUGAAUGCGCUGUGCGUGGAGACGGGUUCGACCGAGUGGAAGAGAGGUUGGCCUCUCCGAUCUGGUCAACUCGCCACUCUCUGCGAUAAGUGCGGGUCGGCAUAUGAACAAUCCACAUUUUGUGAUGUUUUCCACUCGAAGGACUCUGGAUGGAGGGAGUGCGCUUCUUGCGGCAAGCGCUUGCAUUGCGGAUGCAUUGCUUCGAGGGUGCUGCUGGAGCUGCUCGAUUGUGGCGGGGUGAACUGCGCGACCUGCGCGAAAAGUUCAGGACUUCUCCCAAUCACAAGUGAUGAGAGGCCUAAUGAGUUUGGCACGAUUAGUGUUCGUACUGGUGAACUGCAAUCUAGUACCACAGACAACCAUUUUGAUAGUGAUGAUGUUGAUAAACUGAAGCUGAUUCGAUUGGGGAGCAGUACAGAUGAUUCUGGCCUGGGGCAGUCGCUUCUGACUCAGUACAAUGACACAAACAGAUCACUUGAACCAACGAACAGGGAAGGAGUUAUCAUUACGCCUUCUGCAGGAGAAAUGGGCGGCUCAUGUUAUCUGCUAGCAAGUAAAGCAUCCAAUGGUGCAACUCAUGUUUCCCAACCGGACAUUUUAAAAGCAAAUAUAGUAGCAAAAGAGUUUGAUGAUCCCCAUGCGCGGACAGACCUCAGGAUGACUAUCGGUGUCCCUUUAGGAAAAUCAUAUCCAUCUUUUAGGGACCACAGUACAACACCGUCACUAUCACCGCACGGACCAAAAUCUCGCCAUGUUUUGCAUAAGCCACCUAAGCCGGCCCUUGCAAGUGGAUAUGAGGCAAAUGCUGGUGUUGUUUCUCAGAUACGAGUUGCAAGGCCGCCUGCUGAAGGUCGUGGGAGGAAUCAAUUGCUUCCUCGUUAUUGGCCUCGGAUUACCGACCAGGAGUUACAACAAAUAUCUGGAGAUUCAAAUUCCACAAUUGUGCCGCUGUUUGAAAAGGUUCUGAGUGCUAGUGACGCAGGUCGAAUUGGCCGUUUAGUAUUGCCAAAAGCUUGUGCUGAAGCUUAUUUUCCACCUAUUUCUCAACCAGAGGGCCUUCCUCUACGGAUUCAAGAUGUAAAGGGAAAGGAGUGGGUGUUUCAGUUCAGAUUUUGGCCCAAUAAUAACAGCAGGAUGUACGUGUUGGAGGGUGUAACUCCUUGUAUACAAUCUAUGCAGUUACAAGCUGGAGACACCGUAACUUUUAGCCGCAUGGACCCUGAAGGGAAACUUGUAAUGGGGUUCCGGAAAGCAUCGACCUCUAUGAUGCAGGACAGCCAACUAGCUGCCAUUUCUAACGGUAACCAUUCAAGUGAAGCUCUGAUUUCUGGUGGUUUUGAAAACCUACCUAUGAUAAGUGGGUAUUCGAGUCUCCUUCAUUCAUUUAAAGGAAGCACAGAUCCCCAACUAAAUGCACUAUCCAAGCAUUGGAGUUCAGCUAGUGGUGAUAUAAGUUGGCAAGGCUCUGAGAAACAUGGACUCCCUAGGGAUGCCUUCUUGCUUCCGGGAAUGUCAGCCCAAGAGAGGAAAAAAGCACGCAACAUUGGGUCCAAAAGUAAAAGGCUGUUGAUUGACAGUCAAGAUGCUCUUGAGCUGAAAAUGACAUGGGAAGAACUCCAGGAUUUGCUUCGGCCACCCCCAAGUGUUAACCCAAGCAUCGUCACAGUUGAAGAUCAUGAGUUUGAAGAGUAUGACGAACCUCCAGUUUUUGGGAAAAGCAGUAUUUUUAUACUUCGCUCCACUGGGGGACAAGAGCAAUGGGUUCAAUGCGAUAGCUGUGGUAAAUGGAGAAGGUUGCCAGUUGAUGUUCUUCUUCCUCCUAGGUGGACCUGUGCAGACAAUGCCUGGGACCAAAGCAGGCGUUCAUGUUCUGUACCAGAUGGAUUGACCCCCAGAGAUCUGGAAAAUCUUCUGAGACUGACCAAGGAAUUCAAGAAAAGAAAACUAGCGUCAACCUUCAGGCCGACCCUGGAGCACGAGUCAUCUGGUCUAGAUGCCUUGGCCAACGCCGCGAUUGUUGGAGAUGAUGGUGACCCAGGUACAACAUCAGUUGCAACGACUACAAAGCACCCAAGGCACCGUCCUGGUUGCUCUUGCAUCGUUUGUAUCCAACCCCCCAGUGGGAAGGGCAAGCACAAGCCGACGUGCAAUUGCAAUGUGUGCAUGACCGUUAAGCGCCGGUUCAAAACCCUAAUGAUGCGCAAGAAGAAGCGCCAAUCAGAGCGUGAAGCAGAGAUUGCCCAGAGAAAACAGGUGUGGGGCUCUAAGGAUGAGAUUGAAGUUGAUAGUACCUCUACUCAUCGAUCUUCACAUCACAAUCCUUCAGAAAAUGAAUCCAGGAUUGGAAAUGAGUUGGAGUCCCAGAGCCAAACAACCAACUCGGCCAACACAUUCGCUGAAACUGGCAAAGGACAGAUAAACUUGAAUUGCCAACUUGAUCUCAAUUGCCAACCAGACCGUAACGAAGAUCUUAAAUUGGGCUCGAGCCAAACAAGUAUGAUGAAUCUUCUUCGGGUGGCUAGCCAGCCGUUAGAGACUUAUUUGAAGCAGAAUGGUCUCAUGAGUUUGGUGUCCGAGCAGCAAGCAAGUCCAGCAGAUCACGUGCAACUCCAAGGUGCCACCACAGACAAUGAGGGACAACAUUCGGAGGAUCACUGCGUUGAUUCAGAGAUUCAAGAGAUGGCCCCGGAAAAGGAUGGUGCGGAUGAAAAAAACUCCGCUCCAGAUCAGGGCGAAGGCGACCCUUAGGGAAGUCCCCCAGAUCUCCUCUUUAGCUUUUUCUUUUUUUCCUGGUAUGUGAAUGUUCGUUAGAUUACACGCAUCUAGCAAAUGAGUGUUUUUCUGCUACUCGUUUGUUUCCGUGCUUCAUAAUAAUCAGCACUACGAAAACUAGAGUGCAGAAGCAUCUAGUUUCCAUAGAAAACUGGCAUCACGUUCGAAGAAGGAUACGUAUACUGCGGAAAAUAGGGAAUUUAUCGACAUCGUGGGUAAUGUAAAUUUACCAAUUUUCUUGUUA